AUGGCAGACUCCAGCGAGUAUGACAAGGCUCUCGAGCAAUUGCGAUGCUUCGACACCAUGUUUCUAGUUGAUGACUCGGCACACAUGGAGCCGUACUGGGAGGACGUCAAGAAUCUGAUGGAGAUGGUAGCACCCAUCUGCGCCAAGCACGACCCGGACGGCAUCGAUCUCUACUUUGUCAAUCACCGCCCCGGAGGCCUCCUGGCCAAGGUGCCCGGCUUCCAGUCCAUCCGCAAGUCGGGAUACCCGCACAUCGGUGGGUUUGUCGGCAACAUGCUGCUGACAAGCAAGGGCAAGCAAAUCGGCGCCAUCUUUGACGAGAUCAAGCCCGCCGGCAAGUGCAACAUGGGCGCCAGGAUCGGCGGCCUGCUCAAGUGGUACUGCGAGAAGUUCCAGGCAGGCGAGGAGCGUGCGGCUCUCAAUUUGGUGGUGUUGACUGCUGGAGAAUUUGAUGAUGACAUCAAGAAGCCACUCAUCACGGCAGCCCGAACUCUUGAUGAGGCAAAGGCGCCAUCGCACCAGGCUGGCGUACAGCUAUUCCGUCUGGGCGCGCCUCAUAUUGAGCGACAGAACACGCUCAAGCACCUGGACGAUGAGCUGCACAAGGAGGCUGGCACGCGGGAUAUUGUUGAUACUGUGUCAUGGAACGGGCACGGACUGGAAAUGUCCAACGAGCAGCUGCUCAAGGUCGUCCUUGGAGCAGUCUCAAAGAAGGUUGAUAUGCGGGCGUCCGAGCUGCACUUGGAUAAUUCCACUGCUGCCCUCCGAGCCGAAUAA